CAUCCCACAAUGCAAUGCGUUGUAAAUUGACCAUUCUUCCUCAACACAUGGCCAGUCCUUGCUAUAUUUGAUAUUUUCUAUUUUAACCUGAAUUUUGAAGCGGUGGUCCAUUACCAGGCCCUUCAAAAUGAAAGUUAAAGUCCUCUCAAGGAACCCGGAUGAUUAUGUCCGGGAAACCAAAUUGGAUAUUCAGCGUGUCCCGAGAAACUAUGAUCCAGCACUUCAUCCGUUUGAGGUGAGCAGAGAGUACACCCGGGCUCUGAAUGCUACCAAGCUCGACAGAGUGUUUGCAAAGCCUUUCGUUGCCUCUCUGGAUGGACACAGAGAUGGUGUGAACUGCAUGGCCAAACACACAAACAGUCUGUCCACCCUGCUGUCCGGCUCCUGCGAUGGGGAGGUGAAAGUAUGGAAUCUGACCAAACAUGAAUGUGUCCGCACACUCCAAGCACAUGAAGGUUUUGUCCGGGGAAUGAUUGUCCGCUUCUGUGGAACGUCCUUCUUUACGGUUGGUGAUGACAAAACGAUCAAGCAAUGGAAAAUGGAAACACCAGGAUAUGGAGAGGAAGAAGAGCCACUUAAUACUAUCCUGGGCAAGACGGUCUUUACAGGGUUGGACCAUCACCAGAAGGAUGCUGUGUUUGCAACAUGUGGCCAGCAGGUGGACAUCUGGGAUGAGCAGAGAAGCAGCCCAAUCCGCUCUUUCACCUGGGGUGUUGACAGCUUCAGCUCAGUCCGCUUCAACCCUGUUGAGACUGAACUUCUUGCCAGCUGUGCCUCUGACAGAAGUAUCGUACUGUAUGACAUGAGAGAAUCAGCACCGCUUAAAAAGGUUAUUAUGACAAUGAGGAGUAACUCUUUAUGCUGGAACCCUAUGGAAGCGUAUUACUUCACAAGUUCAAAUGAGGACUACAACCUCUACACAUAUGACAUGAGGUACCUGAACAAGCCAAUCAUAGUUCACAUGGACCAUGUCUCUGCAGUGCUGGAUGUUGAUUAUUCCCCCACUGGGAAAGAGUUUGUAUCUGCAAGUUUUGACAAAACCGUCCGUAUAUUCCCCAAGGAUGUUGGCCAUAGCAGGGAAGUUUACCACACCAAACGUAUGCAGCAUGUCAUCUGCGUGAAGUGGUCAGCAGACAAUAAAUAUAUCCUGAGCGGUUCUGACGAAAUGAACAUCCGACUAUGGAAAGCCAACGCAGCUGAGAAGCUUGGAGUGCUGGCCCCAAGAGAGAGGCAGGCCAGCAACUACAAUCAAAAGCUGAAGGAGAAGUUCCACUACCACCCGCAGAUCCGGCGCAUAGCUCAUCACCGACAUCUACCCAAGAGCAUCUAUCAUCAGAGCAAGGAGCUGAGGGUUAUGAAAGAGGCUCGCCGCAGGAAGGAGAGGAACGUUCGAAAGCAUAGCAAACCCGGAAGUGUCCCUGUGGUGUCUGAGAAAGAGAAGCAUGUUGUGACUGUGGUCAAAUAAGAGGCAGAAACAACAACAACAACAGAAGACAGAGGGGUGCAAUCCAGAGAGGAGAUGGAGUCCCACGAUCACACACGGGACACUUUUCAGACUGCGCCUUCUUAAGGAUAUAACAUUUUGGAGUUGUAUGAUAUGGAAAAGACAAGUGACUUGUUAUGGAUCAUUUGAAGUUUGAGACUAAGGCUGUGAAUACAUGAACAACAGAUAUUUUAAAGCUUUCCCUUUUUUCACUCAUUUUGGUCCUAUAUGUGAAAGGGGCCAAUCAAGUGAUCCAGUGUAAAAUCAGAGCUGUAUGACUUGGUACAGGCUUACAGUUACUGUUCUUUGUCUUAUUGUAAAUUUUAAUUUAGCAGUUUAGGAAUCCUGCCUCAGUUCUGUAUCAAAACUAUCAGGGAUGGUAUGAAGCUGAAGUAGGCUUCACAUGACAAAAAGGUUAUGUCAUUUAUUAUGUGUCAUAGCCUUUUUCUGCUUGUGUCCCUGAUCGUCUAUAACAAGUCUUUUCUUUCUGCAUGUCACAUUGAUGACAUCAAUCAUAUAAAAAGGCUUAUUUACACCUUGGAUGGUCUCUCCAUGAUCCAUUGUCUCAUGGUGCUGCUCUUUAUGGAACAUGUGCACGGUCUUAAUAGCUUAAGAAGAUGGCUAAAACCACCUGCCAUCUACUUGGCAGCUUGAUCCAUAAAGUGGGCAGGAUUUUCUAAUUUCUCAGUAAAUUCUAAGAAUUGGUAAGGUUACAUUAUCUGACAACCAUUUUUCCCCAAAGUAUACUGAUGCCCUAUCCUUCGGUCAAUAGCUAGAGGAAACUUUUUUUUUCUUCAAUGGACAGUUUUAGAUGUUCCAGUUGACACCAGUUAUGUUGAUGCCUGUUUUUAAGAUCAAAAAAUAUGUUCAGAACACAUUUUCACAGGAAAUAUAAGUACAUUGGAGUUACAUACUGUUUGCUAAUGUCUAUUUGUAAUAAAGUUCUUGACUAAGUUA